AUGAAGCAAGCACCAAAUAAAGCAUCACCAGAGAUUGCCACUAACCCGUUAUAUUAUCCUUAUUUCAAGGAUUGUAUUGGCAUGAUAGAUGGAACCCAUAUCGACGCCAUGCUUCCCGCUAACCUUGUUGCACGUUUUAGAGGUCGUAAAGGUGUAACUCAAAAUGUUCUAGCUGCAUGCACUCCCAACAAGUUAUUUUCGUAUGUUCUAGCUGGAUGGGAGGGAUCUGCAAAUGAUUAUAGAGUUUUGCAAGAUGUGUUAUCUAGACCACAACCUCGCAGAUUGAGAGUUUACGAUGGAAAAUAUUAUUUGUGUGAUGCGGGCUACACUACUAUGCAUGGCUUUAUCUCCCCAUAUCGAGGAGUGUGGUAUCAUCUAAAUGAGCACAAGGGUAGGCCAAUCAAUAAUAGGCAAGAGUUGUUCAAUUUAAGACACUCAUCCCUAAGGUCUAAAAUUAAAUCAACAUUUGAGGUAUUAAAAAAUCAUUUCAAAAUCCUAUCCGCGAAGCCACAUUACCCUUUUCCAACUCAAGUUGAUAUAGUUAUUGCAUGUACUAUACUUCAUAACUAUAUCGCCAUAGAAGACCCGGGCGAUGAGUUGUUGCAUGAGGACAACCAUAUUGAAGAGGAUGGAGAUGAAAUAGCAAAUGAAGGUGAAGAGGGUGUUGUUGACUUUACUCAAACUAUGACACAAAGAGAGAAAAGAGAUUCAAAAAAUGAAUGGAGAGCAAAGAGGGAUCAAAUUGCAAUUGAUAUGUGGGAAGAUUAUUGUGCUAAAUGGCGCGAUGGAGACACAACCGAGAUCGGGAUGUAA